CCAGUGCAAUAUAAUCCAUAUACUGAGGUUGAAUAUAUAUGUUUCUAAAUAUAAUUUCCUGUUUGUGUUGUUCUUUUAAAGGCAGUUUUUAGAUAUUAAAGUCUAACAAUAUUGACAAUUUAUUUAGCAUUUGUGGAAAGCUGCAGUGUCUCAAUAUGAAAAAAUUAUUAUACCCGUGGAAUGAAGAAUAGCAGGAAAAUUGAAAAAUUAUAUUUCAGAAAUUCAAGAUAGUCCACAACAGCUUCUUCAAGCAUUUCUGAAAUACAAAGAGUUGGUGAAGCGUCCAAUUAUAAGCAAAGAAUUGAUGUUAGAACGAGAAACUUUACUGGCAAGGCUUAUGGACACAGUUAAAGAUUUUCGAUUAGACUUUGAGAACCGGAGCCAAGGAAUACCUGGUGAUGCAUCUGGGCCACUUUCUGGCAAAAACCUUUCAGAGGUUGUUAAUAAUAUAGUUUGGGUUCGCCAGUUGGAACUGAAGGUGGAUGAUGCCAUCAAGAUAGCAGAGGCUGUUUUGUCUGAUUCAUCAGGAUAUCGAACUUUCCAUCGAAGUGCUGAAGAUCUCUUAGAGCAGUUUAAACUGUAUGAACAAGAACAAUUUGAUGAUUGGUCCAGGGAUAUUCAGUCUGGUUUGUCUGAUUCUAGAUCGGGUUUAUGAUAAGUUUAAAUAUACUAAACAGUGAAAUCUGCAUAAGAAUUUUUUUUCUGUUAGUAGUCCAGUGGCAAGAU